GUCACGGUGCUGACUCGGGCAGCGGUCGGGCUGGUUGAUUCGCAAUCGGACUCUGCUUUCUUUCUCCAAAUCUGGCGUUUCCAGGUACUGCCAUUUUUGCUUGUAAGUUUAGGGUCGCACUUUUUGUUUCUUUCUUCUUCUUUUUUUAAUCCCUAACCACCAAAUCACAUAAACCCAUGUCCAGCUCUUCAUUCACUCGAUUUUUCUCGCAAUCUAUAACACCCAAAAUCCCCAAAAUCUCUGCUUCACACUUCGCCACUUCCUUGGCAGAUAAACUUUACACUCUUUUGCAAAAGAAUCCUGAAAAUGCUGAGAGAGCUCUGAAUUCAAUCCAAGCUAAAUUGGACACAGCGUGCGUCAAUGAGGUCUUAAACAAAUGCUCCUUUAACAAUUCUCAAAUUGGUCUUCGCUUUUUUAUCUGGGCUGGUUGCCAUUCAAAUUAUAGGCAUAGUUCUUUUAUGUAUGGUAAAGCUUGUCAAUUGUUUAAGAUUGAGCAAAACCCGCGAGUUAUUCUGGAUUUAUUCGAGGCUUUUAAGGUAGAGAAGUGUGUGGUUAAUGUUAAGACAUUUAAGGUCGUUUUGAGUUUGUGUAAAGAGUGUAGGCUUGCUGACGAGACCCUUUUGGUACUGAGGAAAAUGCCUGAAUUUGACCUACGUGCGGAUACUAAUGCCUAUAACAUUGUCAUUAAGUUGUUUUGUGACAAGGGUGAUAUGAAUAUGGCUCAAAAAUUGAUGGGAGAGAUGGGUUUGAUAGAUCUUUAUCCUGAUAUGGUCACAUAUAUGUCAAUGCUUAAAGGGUUUUGUGAUGUAGGCAGACUGGAGGAGGCUUCUAGUUUGUUUAAAGUUAUGAGAGGACAUGGUUGUGUGCCUAACGUAGUGGCAUAUUCAACGCUUAUUGAUGGAGUUUGUAGGUUUGGGAGUGUGGAGAGGGCAAUGGAGUUGUUAGGGGAGAUGGAGAAGGAGGGUGGGGAUUGUAAUCCAAAUAUUCUUACUUACACGUCUUUGAUACAGAGUUUAUGCGAGAAGGGUAGGACAAUGGAUGCAUUUUCAGUUUUGGAUAGAAUGGAGGCUUUUGGUUGUGCUCCAAAUCGUGUCACAGUUAGUACUCUGCUCAAAGGUCUUUGUAUGGAAGGCCAUCUAGAGGAGGCCUAUAAGUUGAUUGAUAGAGUUGUGGUAGGAGGUAGCGUUUCAUACGGUGAUUGCUAUAGUUCUCUCGUUGUGUGUUUGAUAAGGAUUAAGAAAAUUGAGGAGGCAGAGAAGCUCUUUAGGAGGAUUCUAGUCAGUGGAGUGAAACCUAAUGGUUUGGCAUGGAGUCUCAUGAUUAAGGAGCUUUGUUUGGAAAACCGGGUGCUUGAUGGGUAUUGCUUAUAUGAAGAAACUGAGAAGAUAGGAUGCUUCCCUACCAUUGAUUCUGAUAUCUAUUCUAUUCUUUUAGUUGGUCUUUAUCAACAAGGCUACUCAGCAGAAGCUACAAAGCUUGCAAGGUCAAUGCUUGAAAAAGGAACACCUCUAAAGCAUCCAUAUGUUGAUAAAGUAGUUGAACACCUGAAGAAAUCUGGGGAUAAUGAGCUUGCUGCAGAAUUGGCUAACACUGGAAUGUAAUGCACAACAAAAGAUGAAUUUGUUUUCAUUGAAGACCCUUGUUGGAUAUUUUAGAGUAAAAUUUUCUAUAUACAAUCAUUGAUUCUGUCAUGUGAAGAAGAUUAUGAGAUGCAAGAGAAUUAAUUUUUGAAAAUAUAGAUGUUGCACCUUAUUUUGAUUCAUUUUAAAUUGUGGGCCUUCGGAAGUGAACUUCGGCAGUCAUCACUCAUUGUUUACUUAAGAUGAAUUUGAGAGUAAUCUUGAUUCCAGAAGAAAAGCUGUGUCAUGGGCCAGCUGUUGUUCACAUGGUUCUCUCCCAGCAGCCAUAUAAUAAAUGGUAAAUGGCUGUUCAUUU